AGAAGACGUCGCCUUUAUUGGACCCGACACACAUGCUAUUCAGGCAAUGGGGGACAAGAUUGAAAGCAAGCUGUUAGCCAAGAACGCAAAGGUCAAUACUAUCCCUGGCUUUGAUGGAGUUGUCAAGGAUGCAGAUGAAGCUGUCAGAAUUGCAAGGGAAAUUGGUUAUCCGGUUAUGAUCAAGGCCUCUGCAGGUGGUGGCGGGAAAGGCAUGAGGAUUGCUUGGGAUGAUGACGAGACCAGGGAAGGUUUUAGAUUUUCAUCACAAGAGGCAGCCUCAAGUUUUGGAGAUGACCGCCUGCUAAUAGAAAAAUUUAUUGAUAACCCUCGUCACAUAGAAAUACAGGUUUUGGCAGAUAAACAUGGUAACGCACUUUGGUUAAAUGAAAGAGAGUGUUCCAUUCAAAGACGAAAUCAGAAAGUGGUGGAGGAGGCUCCCAGCACAUUUCUUGACCCUGAAACACGAAGAGCUAUGGGAGAACAAGCAGUAUCUCUUGCCAAAGUAGUUAAAUAUUCAUCUGCAGGAACAGUAGAAUUCCUUGUGGAUUCCAAAAAGAGCUUCUACUUUUUGGAAAUGAAUACAAGGUUGCAGGUUGAGCAUCCCAUCACAGAAUGCAUUACUGGUCUGGACCUUGUCCAAGAAAUGAUCCGUGUUGCUAAGGGUUACUCUCUCAGGCACAAACAAGCUGAUAUACCCAUAAAUGGCUGGGCGGUUGAAUGCCGUGUCUAUGCUGAGGAUCCCUUUAAAUCCUUUGGUUUACCAUCCAUUGGCCGUCUUUCUCAGUAUGAAGAACCCAACCAUUUGCCUGGUGUACGAGUGGACAGUGGUAUACAAGAAGGAAGCGACAUCAGCAUUUUUUAUGACCCGAUGAUAUCAAAACUUGUAACACAUGGCAGCGAUCGAACAGAAGCUUUGAAGAGGAUGGAAGAUGCUUUAGAUAACUAUGUUAUCCGGGGUGUAACGCACAAUAUUCCUCUUUUGCGGGAAGUUAUCACUCACCCUCUUUUUAUCAAGGGAGAUAUAACUACAAAAUUCCUUCCUGAAGUAUAUCCUGAUGGUUUUAAAGGUCACAUUUUGUCAUCUGUAGAAAAGAAUGAACUUCUUGCCACAGCAGCAUCAUUAUAUGUAGCUUCAACUCUGAGAUCCCAGAGAUUUUUAAAUAAUGAAAGGGUUCCUAUGACUAAAAAUAAUGUAAAGCGCUGGGAACUGUCUGUUUUACUUGAAAAUAAAAGUCACAUCAUAAUAGUCACGAGGCAAAAGGAUCAAUUCUCUGUGGAACUUGAUGGCAUAAACCUAAAUGUGUCCAGUGACUGGAACCUGGCUUCACCAAUUAUGUCUGUCAGUAUUGGUGAUACACAGAGAACCAUCCAGUGCCUUUCUCGUGAUGCAGCUGGAAACAUAAGUAUUCAGUUCCUGGGCACUGUGUACAAACUGCAAAUACUGACACAGCACGCUGCAGAGCUCAGUAAGUAUAUGCCAGAGAAAGUGGAAGAGGACACUAGCAGCAUUUUGAGAUCACCAAUGCCUGGGACAGUAGUUGCAGUUUCAGUGAAGCCUGGAGAUAUGGUAUCCGAGGGACAGGAGAUCUGCGUAAUUGAAGCAAUGAAGAUGCAGAACAGCAUGACAGCAGCUAAAACGGCAAAGGUAAAAUCUGUGCACUGCAAGGCUGGAGAGACUGUGGGCGAAGGUGAUCUACUGGUGCAACUUGAAUAAACUUUAUUCACUAAUGUUAUGUCAAUCAGCAUUUUUUUUAAAUGAUUUCAUAUUCUAAAGGGAGCUAUCCUAAAACAUUUUUAGAUAACAUUCCUACAAAAGUGAUUGUAUACAAUUAUAUUUAUUGCAAGCUGCUAUGUGAUUGAUAUCUCACAAAAUAAGCAACUGAACAUUAAACUCUCUUCUAAAGAACAA